UAAAUAGUGGGUAGGAGCACGCUGAUACUGAUAGACAGUGCUGGACAGUGAAUGAACAGAGGGCGUUUUGGCAGCUUAUUGUAAAACCGUCAAGCAUAAGCUAGAUUUCCAUUUUACUUCAAAGAAAACGUGGGGCAAGUUCCGAGUUAUUAGCUAAACGUACAAAACUCUGAAGCUGUCAACAACACAAGGAAAUGACAUGACAACGUUCAACGUAGUGGUGACAUUCUAGUGAGCACCAAGCUUCAACGUUUCAUUGCCGUUGUGUUUGAGACCGGGAUCUAGCUAGUAUUCAAGACAAGACUCAGUCAGAGCAGAGCGACAGUGGCGUAGCUAGCUAUCAGCAGCCAACUGAAGUUUAACAUUGCACUUCUACGAAGAACAAAGGAUUGUUUGGGGAUAAUUAUUCGACGCCAUAAUAUUGUCAAAUGCUUAAAAAAUGAACAUACUUGGAGUUUUAUAUUAGCUAGUUGCAUAUGAGUUUUAAAAGCAGGAAAUGGACCAGAGGCUACACACUGAAGCAGCAUCUUAGCAGCUUUAUGCAACCAAGUUACCCAAAACUCGACAUUAGUAGUUAAAUCAUCUUCUUCAACGUUUGCUAGAUGUAAAGGCAAGUUGGUAUUAAGGAGCUAUCCAGUGAGCUAGCUGUCAUGGAAGUGUUUCCCCGACCCAGCGGUGAAAUUCAGAGAAGAAACCCACAACAGGACUUCGAACUUAUUCAACGAGUGGGAAGCGGCACAUAUGGAGACGUGUACAAGGCUCGAAACAUUCAGACAGGAGAGCUCGCUGCUGUGAAAAUCAUCAAGCUGGAGCCAGGGGACGAUUUCUCCAUCAUACAGCAGGAAAUCUUCAUGGUGAAAGAAUGCAUGCACCACAACAUCGUGGCCUACUUUGGAAGCUACCUCUGCCGGGAGAAGCUGUGGAUCUGCAUGGAGUACUGUGGAGGAGGGUCCCUCCAGGACAUCUACCACGUGACGGGCCCUCUUUCCGAGCUGCAGAUAGCUUACGUCUCGAGGGAGACUCUGCAGGGUCUUGGAUACCUGCACUCCAAGGGCAAGAUGCACCGCGACAUCAAGGGGGCCAACAUCCUGCUGUCAGACAACGGUGACGUGAAGCUAGCUGACUUUGGAGUUGCAGCCAAAAUCACUGCCACCAUCGCCAAGAGGAAGUCCUUUAUCGGGACACCUUAUUGGAUGGCACCAGAGGUGGCGGCCGUGGAGAAGAACGGAGGCUACAACCAGCUGUGUGACAUCUGGGCGGUGGGCAUCACCUCCAUCGAGCUGGCCGAGCUGCAGCCCCCCAUGUUUGACCUCCACCCUAUGAGGGCCCUGUUUCUUAUGUCCAAGAGCAGCUUCCAGCCUCCCAGGCUAAAGGACAGAACCAAGUGGUCGACCGCUUUCCACAACUUCGUCAAAGUGUCUCUGACCAAGAACCCGAAGAAGAGGCCCACAGCAGAGAAGCUCCUCUCGCAUGUCUUCGUGGGCCAGACGGGUCUGACCAGGAGGCUGGCGGUGGAGCUUCUGGACAAGAUGAACAACCCCGACAACAGCCAGCACUUCAGCGAGGUGGACGACGACGACCUGGAGCCCCUGUCUGCCGUGAGACACACCAUCCGCUCCACCAACAAGCAGGCCAGGUCGGAGAGGACGCGCUCUGAGAUCAACUUCGACAAGGUCCAGUUCGAAGCUCCGCUGAGGAAGGAGACGGAGGCUCACUCUGAAAUGGACGUGACCAAGGACAGUGACUUCCCCUCCCCCUGGGGGCCCUUCGCCGAGGGAGGCAUCACGACCAGCGGUCACGUCACCCACCUGGAGGAUGCCUUCGAGGACAUAGAGCUGUCUACCCUCAAACAAGGAGUCCCUCCUCCCCUGCCCCCCAAGCCCCGGCUGAGCAGCUUGUCAGAGGAGGUGGUCCUCCACGAGGAGCGCAGCCUGACCGUGCGCAGGUUCCCCGCCGCCGAGAGCAGCCCGGGCCCACGGCGCCAGAGCAGCCCGGAGCAGGGCAGCAAGGCGGAGCACGCCGCCCCCGACUUCCUGUCCGCCAGCGUCAGCAGCCCCGGGAGGCUGUCUCGCACCUCCGACCCAGAGGACUCUGACAGCAGUGGUCAUGGAGACAGUCCCAAGCCAGCCCCCAACCAUCCCCACCCCAGGGAGAAGAAGGACUACCCUAAACCCGCCAUCAACGGCCUGCCUCCCACCCCUAAAGUCCUGAUGGGGGCCUGCUUCUCCAAAGUGUUUGACGGCUGCCCGCUGAAAAUCAACUGCGCCACGUCGUGGAUUCACCCAGAUACCAAAGACCAGUAUCUGAUUUUUGGGACUGAAGAUGGCAUCUACACCCUGAACCUGAACGAGCUUCACGAAGCAACGAUGGAACAGCUUUUUCCAAGGAAGUGCACCUGGCUCUACAUUAUCAACAACAACCUGAUGUCACUGUCAGAAGGGAAGACCUUCCAGCUCUACUCCCACAACCUCAUCGGCCUGUUUGAGCAGCUGAGGAAGCCCGGCCUGGCGGCCCAGUUCCAGACCCACCGCUUCCCAGACAAGAUCCUGCCCAGGAGAUUCGCCUUGACAACUAAGAUCCCAGACACAAAGGGCUGCCACAAGUGCUGCAUUGUGAGGAACCCGUACACGGGUCACAAGUACCUGUGUGGAGCGCUGCAGUCGGGCAUCGUGCUGCUGCAGUGGUACGAGCCCAUGCAGAGGUUCAUGCUGAUCAAGCACUUUGACUUCCCCCUGCCCAGCCCUCUGAAGGUGUUUGAGAUGCUGGUGGUCCCAGAGCAGGAGUACCCCAUGGUGUGCGUGGCCAUCAGCCAGGGCACCGAGCCAGGCCAGGUGGUGCGCUUCGAGACCAUCAACCUCAACUCCUGCUCGUCCUGGUUCACCGAGAUGGCCUCCCCGGAACAUCAGGUGGACGCCAUCCACGUCACCCAGCUGGAGAGGGACACCGUGCUGGUGUGUCUGGACCGAAAUUUGAAGAUUGUCAAUCUCCAGGGAAGACUGAAGUCCAAUAAGAAGCUGGCGUCGGAGCUUAGUUUCGACUUCUGUAUUGGAUCUGUCGUGUGUCUCCAGGACAGCGUGCUGGCCUUCUGGAAACACGGCAUGCAGGGACUGAGCUUCAAGUCCAACGAGGUGACCCAGGAGAUCUCGGACCCCAGCCGAGUGUUCCGCCUCCUGGGAUCUGACAGGGUGGUGGUCCUGGAGAGCCGACCCACAGACAACCCCACAGCCCAGAGCAACCUGUACAUCCUGGCCGGCCACGAGAACAGCUACUAGCCCCGGCCCAGAGCAGGGAGGCCCCCAGCCACGUGGGUAGAGCAGCCUGGGGGUGGGAGAUAUGACCAGACUGAGCUCAGCACUGGCCCCAGUCAGCCUUCUCCCCGGCCAGGACCACUGCAGGACUUGGCAGCCGUCAAGCUGCUUGGUCAUCCAACACACGAAGCCCAGAGCUGGGGACCUGUAUCCACCAGUACAGCCUUACACCCCUGGUCCACGCCCAGCGAGGACCAGGGGCCACUGCCCAGCAGGGAGAGGCCGAGCUCAGGGACAGUCUGGCCCAGCAUGACCUCAGACCUGCACACUCUGUUGGCUUCUAAAUGAUCAAUAUCUAGAGGUGGAAAAAAAAAGUGCCAUAAAAUUCACGUUUCUUAGCAACAACAACAAAAAAAAACGAAUGUGGGAGAUUUAUAUAUUUUGAAAAGCCCUUCAUAACAAGAACUUACAGAUGGGACUUGAGGUGAAUGUGCUAAGCCUAGACUGGGGGGGUAUGUCCGGCUCAAAACUAAUAUAGUGGUUUGACCAGAACUCCCAUGUCUCUUACUCGAUGUAGGCAAUGUAAUUAUUUAUUAAUCUCUAAGCAAAAAGGGUAAGUUACAUUUGUAUGUGAACCAGUGACGGGGGCAGCAGUCCUGCUGUGAGAGGGACCCUGUGAAGAUCAGCUGCCUGUUGAGCAGUCGCUGGGCAGCUUUGGGGUUAUAUUAACUGCGAUGUCAUCCUGCUCCUGCUGCUUAUUUUAGACGUUACAAUGUAAAGCUUUCUUUCUCUCAGUUGUUUUCAGUUUUUUAAACCCAUUUACUUGUACUCAAUAUUUGCACCAUGUAAGCACUUUUGUACAUUUUCUUUUUUUUAUUUAAAUGACAAAAUAAGGGAAAAUGCUUUUUUUCAUAACAUCUUUGGCAUUCCCUUCGCAAAAUCUAAUGUAUGCUGUUUUUGUAAUAAAAGCUAUUGUUAACAA